AUGGCGGGAAGACAGCCCACCAAUCUUUACGCAGGAAAGUUGGAUGAGUUGAACAUUAUCGAUGUAUACAUGUUUGUAAAGUGUUUGAUAAAUUCAAAUAUCAUUUACGAGGAUAUUAACAUGAAUUACCUGGAUAAUAUACAGAUGGAACCGCUCAAACAACACAUAAUUUUGGUCAUGGAGAUUCUGAUUCUAGGUUGGCGAAAGCAGAUAUUGAAGUUUGUGUCGAGGAAUGAUACAAAAGUGGUUCACUAG